AACAACCAAAUCUAUUCGAUGGUUCCGUCCCCAAUGUGUGGGCUUAUUGUUUUCAGUUCUCUCGCUCCUUGCAGCAAAUGCUGUUCUGUCUCGCCGCUGCCACCUGGCCUUGCCUGUGUCAAACAAAACACUUACAGCAAGCGUAUUUCUCUAUUUUUCAAGAUGUUUCGACUGCUUUUCCCAUUGAGCAGACGUUGCUUCACGGCAGCUCUCAGCUUUUAGGGCGUUACUCAGCGUUAAAACUUAGAAACCCAGCUCGGUAGAUGAGGUCAGGUUUAUUUUCCCACAC